UAUACAAGGAAAGAUAUUUUUGGAGAAACAAUGUAAUUAUGUAAAUAACUAUUUAGUCCAGCAUGGAAAGAAAGAUUAGCAUGACAACCUGAAGUUAUAUCAGUAAAAUUUGCAUAGUUUUCUUGUCAGUGAAUAUUUAAUGAUUGCUAUAGCUUUAGUGAAUAAAAUUUGCUGAGUUCUUUGUGGAACCAUCAUUAUCAAAACGAGGUUUGAUGUUUUUUGCAGAGCCUGAAAUAGUAGUCAGCGGUUUUUGGACCCAAUUCCGGUUAUUCUGAUCAAAGGAACAAUCGCAAUUUUCGUCAGUUUUUCGAAAUUUCGAAAUUCGGUUCAAAAUACCUCGAAAUGGUUCAAAACUGAGUAGAAUUAAAUUCCUUAAUGAAAACAACGUUUUUGAACACAUAAUAUCAUACUUUGAUGAAUUUCAAAAUUUCAUGCAAAUCGGUAACGCGGGACCAAAGGAAAAAUCGCAAUUUUCGUCGAAAUUUCCAAAUUUGGUUCAAAAUACCUCAAAACAGUUCAAAAGUGAGUAGAAUUACAUUUGUUCAUGCAAAAAUGCAUUUGAACACAUAAUAUUAUAGUUUGAUAAAUUUCAAAUUUUCAUGCAAAUCGGAAAGGGGGACUAAAGGAAAAAUCGCAAUUUUCGUCAGUUUCGUCAAAAUACCUCGAAAUAGUUCAAAACUAAGUAGAAUUAAAUUCCUUCAUGAAAACGAUGAAUUUGAACACAUAAAAUCAUACUUUGAUGAAUUUCAAAAUUUCAGGCAUAUCGGUGACGAAGGACCAAAGGAAAAAUUGUGAUUUUCCUCAGUGUUUCGAAAUUUUCAAAUUCGGUUUAAAAUACCUCGAAAUUGGUCAAAACUAAGUAAAAUUACAUGCCUUGAUGAAAACAAUGCAUUUGAACAGAUAAUAUCAUACUUUGAUGAAUUUCAAAAUUUCAUGCAAAUCGGAACGGGAAUUGUUGUAUUAGCCUUUCUCACGAUGAUGAAUAUGAGCGUAUGACUUCGUAAUUACAACGUAAUAACGACUGUCUGUAAUUACAACGUAAUCGUGUAUUCAUCAGCCUCCACGGGUCAGAUAUAAAAAGGUAGCUUGAACUAUAUACAUGUUAUGUGACAGAAUUGGCCAAUCAGAAUGGUGUUAUAUAAAGACGAAUAUGUAAUGUAACACGUGAUCAGUAUAUAUACCCAAUAGUGGGAGGAAGAUUUAACAUGUGACCGAGGGAUGAUGACGAUGGGGUGAUGUUAAUCAUGUUAUACCUCUGCGACUGCAAAUCGCCGCCAUUCGAUUUUGGCGUUGAUGACAACGAUGGCUUCGCUUUUAAAGAGAAAGAAAUUAGAAACGCCUUAUCGAAGUUACCGAAAAAUUCUUUAUAAGGUUUUGGCUUUCCUCAAAAAGAAUAAAAGAGAAGAAGAUUUCAAAUUCUUUACCUACGGCUACAUUCCAGCCAGGAAUAUGGAUUGUACCAUUGUAGAUUAUCUAAUAAAGCUUGAGCAAUCCAGUAAUAUCAGCAUGAAUGAUUUACAAUUGCCGUAUGAUUUUCUGAUAAAUUUCGACGAUCCUGAUUCAAGUCAAAUAUUGUCGGCAAUCAGAGAAUUUCAACGUCGACUAGACAUUUUACAGAUAAUAAGCAAUUCAGGCGAUGGCUCCAUUUUCGAACCUGAAGUUGAAAUUAAAAAAUUCAAAGUUUCAAAGGAACUGGAUGAUUUACUAAAACGAUGGGAAAUUGAAAUGGAUGGUGCGGCACAAAAUAUGUCAAAGUUUGUGAUUGAAAAGGUCUACAGCGAGGCUACCCAAAGGAUUGCAAAACAAGUUGCAUUGGAAAAUAAACACGGCGAGGCACUUGUUAUUGCAGAAUUUCUAACCAGUGUUGAAGAAAUGGCUUUCAACGUGACUGAUAACUAAUAUAACGUUUGGAACAACAUAUUAUAGAUGUUUUAAAAAAACCCUUGUAGUUUAUGUAGUGAAAUGUUUAUAACAAAAGGCAAAACUAGUC